AUGGCGGCCAGGAAACCAUUACUCCUGAUCUGUGAUGUCCAAGAACGGUUCAGAUCAGCGAUAUAUGGGUUCGAUCACAUGAAGAACACAAUAUGUAAGAUGAUGGAAGUUGCCAAGAUAUUGAAACUCAACACUUUGGUGACUGAACAAAACCCGAAAGCUCUGGGAUCAACGAUACACGAAAUUACAAAUCUGCUUCACCCUGCGAGACAUCUAGGUACAUAUCCUAAGACAAAGUUUUCAAUGAUCACUGAUGAUACAAGAUAUGAUAUCGAUAAAGGUCAAUUCGACACGUACAUUGUGACUGGUAUAGAGUCUCACGUAUGCGUUCUUCAGACUACCCUCGACCUGCUGAAACUACCCACUCAGCCAGAGGUAUUUGUACUCGCAGAUGCGGUGUCAUCCUGCAACAAACCUGAGAUCGCGAUAGCUUUGAGGAGGAUGGAACUGGCUGGGGCGAAAGUGACUACUAGCGAGAGUAUGAUUUUCGAACUACUAGGCGAUGCAAAUAACGAAAACUUCAAACAAGUAGCAUCAUUAAUCAAAGAUGAGAAAACAAAUACUGCGACUGCUUUAAGGACCCUAUGCGUCGAGCAGAUUUAA